GGAGAGGCAGCUCAGCUGAGGAACCGAACCCCACAUGGUUUCCAUGGGACAAGGCUGCCCCCCUCCAAGUCAUUGCAGUGUUAAAGUGACUCAGAUAUGCAGGUCUGAAUGCUAUUGGAUCCAUCUCUCCCACAGGAGAUGAUUGGCAUGCCCAUGAUUGCUGCUAUUGGACAGCUGCAUCCAGCCUUCACCACCCGGACUUCAAAAGCUUGACCAGUGCCUGUCCUGAGACUACAGCAUUCUGACCUGGGCUGAGCUCAGCUGAGGGUUAGAGAGAUAAGAAAUCAUGCUGGACUCGGAGUUCAGUGAGUUUCUCUUUUACAACAGUUCACCUUGUACCACUGUAUGUACCAAUGACACAGGACCGCCUCCACCCCCUCCGGUGGUCGACCUCUGGCUGCCGCCGUUCUUUUUCCUGUUGAUUAUGCUGAUUGGGGUGGUGGGCAACUUUCUGGUGCUCCGCAUCAUCAAAAAGACCAAGAAGAUGAGAACUGUGACUGACUUCUACAUAGGUGAGAGGGGUAAAACUUUGGGGAUAUUCCUGGGCUGGGGUGGGUGGCAGAACUAAGCUGAAUGAGCAGAAAGGGGAACAAGCUCAGUCAAAUACUUGCUAGCUCAGUAAUUCAUUCCAAUGGCUUAAUAAAUAAUAUUCUCCCAUCAGCUUCGGGUGGUAUUAGCUGACGAGAAUGGAUGAAAAUGUGCGUGUAAAUGGGUAGAUUUCUUGUACUUAUGUCUUCUUAAAAAGUGAAUUGCUUUAAGCAUCCCUCAAAACUAGCUGGGUUUGAAGCAGUACCUGUUGCAGAUAGAAAUGUAUCCAACUCUUGCACACUUCAGAGUUUCUGUCCACUGUGAUUUUCUAGCUAGAAGUCUGAAUCUGAGUGGGUUAGGGGAGAAAUUUCUGGGUUUUGAAAUCAAGCCCCCCUGCGUUUAUGCCACACAGCCGGAGAAUGGUACAUAGUGUGAAUCGGCUGUUUGCAAGCAGGUGUCCUCCAGACAGCCUGAACUACCAUGGCAAGCGUUCCACGUUGCCCGCGCUGCCUGCGGGGGCUCGGGUGUGUAAUCUGGGCUAUGGGAGGGCUGCUUUUGAUCAAUUACCUGCGAGGGCAAAUGAGGGUUUUCUUCGCGGGGGCGAGGAAGCUCUUUGCUCUUUGCUCUUUGCAAUCUCCUUUUUCCGCUCAAAUAAUGUCUGUUUGUGGGAAUCUGACACACACCCCACAUGCCCGCCUGGACUGGUUUCCAGCAAUGCCGCUCUCAUCUUUCACAAGGCAGGCUUAAGGUUUUAUUUCUUAGUUCGUGGCCCUGUUUGCAUUUUGUCUCGCAUCCCGGGGGCGUUUCAAGACGGUUUAGCAAAAAGUUAAAACGCCACAGCGGCAAGCAGCGGCGGCGCUCCUCCCGCGCUGCCGCCGUUGCCCGGGCAGGAGCGAGAAGCGGGUGGUUAGGCUGUGGGGGAACCCAGAGAGGAGGCGGAUUGUGUCCCCCGCAGAAGCCACACGCGUGAAUUUGCAAGCACCGGGAAGGGCUGCCCUGGCCAGGACCUCUCCGACGAUGCCGCUCAGAGGUUGCCGCAACCUGGCCUUGACGGACAUCCUGUCUCUGCUCGUCAGCGUCCCCUUCACUGCCUCCCUCUACCCGCUGCAGAGAUGGAUUUUCGGGGAGUUCCUCUGCAAAUUCGGGAACUACAUCCAACAGGUCUCCAUGCAAGUGACAAGCGUCACACUGCUUGCCAUGAACAUGGACCGCUGGUACAUGGCCACAUUUCCUCUUGAGACUUUGCAUCAACGGAGCACCUGUGUUGCUGGAGUCAUCGUGUGCAGCAUUUGGCUGGGUUCCUUCCUGAUUUCCACCCCAGUCCUGGUCUACACUCAUCUCCAGCAAGGCUACUGGGACGGCCCACAGCAGUUCUGCACCCACACCUUCCCCACAAAAUACCACGAGCAGGUCUUCAUUCUGUACAACUUCUUUAUGGUGUAUCUCCUUCCGAUGACCAGCAACCUGCUUUGCUACACAACCAUACUCUUCCAGAUUGGGCGUGCCAGGGAGGACCCGAACGAUAGCGUCGAGGUGCAGCAACUGAAGGAACGUUUGGAUGCCCUGCGGCUCAAGCUCACCCGCAUGGUGUCCUUGCUCGUUCUCCUCUACACCAUCUGCUGGGGGCCCACACAUUUCCUCAGCCUCUUACAAGGCUUCAGUCCCCAUGUUCAGUUCAGCUACUGCCUGUACAGGCUGAAGAUCUGGGCUCGCUGCAUGUCGUACAUCAGCUUCUCUGUCAACCCCAUCCUGUACGCCUUCUUGGGGAAGAAUUUCCAGAAGUCCUUCAAGAAGGAAUUGCCAUUCCUCUUCAAGAAAAGGCCAGCCAUUAGAGCCCGGAACAGCGUCCACAUGGAGAUGCAGGUCGUUCAGUAAAAGGAUGAUCGUCCCCCACCCUGCUUUUCCCUCUGUGCCAUGGGAUCCCAAACUCCAACGACCCUUUGAAGUUCUUCUACUGAGAUGUCAUUGAUGCCACAGCUCCCAGUCACCCUUUGCCACAGCUGAAAAAACAAGUCUCUGCUUGUGUCAAGAGCUGACUCCAAACUGGAAGCUUCCACAGGAUCCUCCCUUUCAGGAGGAUUUCUGGCAGGAUGGCUCUCGCUGCUGGAGACAAGGAUGGCGCAAGUGGGGAAGCCCCUCCAGCUGAACAUCUAAUUCCUCCCAGGGGGCCAAGAAAAAUGCCCGUUCCCCUUCUCCUUCCAACAAGCGGGUCCUCAUGCCCAAGCAUCUGAGGAUCUUCACGCCUGAGAAUCUUCACUAGGCCUCACUGGAAGAACUUUGAAGAUUUCGGUCCCCCUUGCUCCUCCCACUCAGAAUCCAGUCACAACAACUCACACCAAGCAGUCUGCCAUGGGCGAGGGAUUUCCCACUGCCCACACAUCCCCCUCCAAGAUGUUUCAUACAGAGCUUGAACCUUUGGCGAUCCAAGGCUGCCUUUUGGCAAGGCAGGGUGCGUGAGGUUCCAUUACCUCCUCAUCCCUCCCAAGUGUCUCCAUAGUUUGGCUUACUUACUCUAGAGAUCCAGAGCCGAUGUUGUAGUUCUUGCUUGUCAUGUGGGCUCUGGCAAUCCUAGUUCAGCAGAAUUUAUGGGGAGGGACCCAAGUCUUAGGACCCUGCCCUCCCCUCUGCCAAUAUUAACUGAGGCAUCUCCCAUUGUCAACUUUGCAGGAGAAUAACAAGGCAAAACUGCCGUUGGGUUUCAGCGUAGCUUCUUGCCUUCACAAGAAGCUUGGGUCGCUCUCAGCUCAGCAGGGGCAAUUCUGCAUACUUAAACUGUUCUGUUCUGUUUAGUUGUUAGUCAUGUGCCAGUGUAAGUAUCCAACAGGUCAAAUCUAGCCACAAUCUUCUGAUCUUGCGCUUCUCUUUCAGCUGAUCUAUGCUCUGCUCACAUCCUGCUUAAUAUAGUCUAACCGCCUCGCUCUUUGAGCUGGCCUUCUCUCGCUGCCGAGUAUUCCUAGUAUUGUGUCUUCUUCUAAUGAGCUUGAUCGUGUAACGUGGUGAAAAUACGCGAGUCUCAGCUUUGCUAUCUUGCCAACCAGGGAUGCGCCUGGUUUAAUAUGUCCAUAAAAUGCGUAGGAACCUCCACCAACACCACGGUACGAAUGAGUCAGUUUUUUUCUUGUUUAAGUUUCUCGUCGUCCAACUUUCCCAACCGUAGGUUGUUAUAGGAAAAAUGAUCACUUGGACCAAUCUGCACUUGGUGCCAGACUGAUGUCUUGUUUUUCCACACUCAGUUCAUGCUUAUCAUUGCUAUACAACCUAAUGGAAUUGGAUGGUUUAUUUCUGGGAUGCAUUUACUGCUGUGAGUAAUCACCGACUCUAGAAAAGUGAAUUCUUUCUGCAUAUUCAAUUUCCACAUUAUCAACUGUUAUUUUGAUGGCUUCAUUCUGUGCAGUCUUGAAGAUCUUCAUUUUUGCUUUAGACCUUCCUGGGUUUCUGAGAGAGGGUUGUGUCUCUCCUUUGGAAGGUUAUUGAUAGUUCUUCCAGAUAUUAUCCUGACUUUUGAUUCUCCAAGAUCCAUCUUCUUCAAGAUUACUUCCACAUAUAAGUUGAGCAGAAAAGGGGAGAGAAUGCAUCCCCGCCAGACUUUUUUGUAAAAACCUUCAACCCAUCUUACUGGUUGCUGGUUUGUAUAUAGCGAUUGCAGCAACCUAACCAGAUCUGUUGGUAUGCCAGGUCUUUUAGUAUUUUCCACAGCUUGUCACGAUCAGUGCAGUGAAAGGCUUUCUUGUAGUCAGUAAAACACAGGUAAAUGUUCUUUGGAUAUUCUUGAGACUUUUCCAUAAUCCAGCACAAACUUAAACCAUCCUUCCCCAGCUCGGCACUCUCCAUUGCUCCUUCCCAAACUGUUUGCCAUGCUUGCAGACUUUUGCAUCCAGAGAACAUCAGUGUCUGGGUCUCAGGCCGUUUCCUUAGUCCCUGGGACCUAACAGACCUUUAUUCUUUCAUACUUCACAGCUACAAGAUCAUGUAACUCUGAAAACCCUCUAGUGAGUUAGAAGAUAGGCCUCUGUUCAUGUCAGAAGUGUUGAACCCUGACUGAGAAAUACCCCCCGCUGCCAUCUUUCCUUCUUGGGAAGCCUCACACAAACCAUUUAACUGGGCAGCUCUCUAUCCCAGAGCCCCAUCAUGGGCUCAGGGACCAGGCAAGGCAGCUGUGUGUGUGGAUUUUAGUCCUGUUUGGCCCUUGCUGAAGGCCUUGAAACCCAGGCUGGUUCGAUUUUAAUUAUGUGCAACAGCUUCUUUCACCUUCCUAAACUGCUCUUCAAUUUGCUAUGGUUUCCUUUGGUCUCUUUGGUUUAACCAAUCUCUGACCUUCCCCCACAUGUGAGUGCCACCCCCUGUCCACCCCCAUGCGACUUAGCCUCCCAUCCUCCCCAGCAAGGACAGCUUGGAAUUGUAGUCCAACACAUUCGCAUUCCAAGAAGGUCAUGUGUCAACUUCAUGCAGUCAUGCCACCCUUCUCCAGUAGAUGGCAUUAUUCCCAUUUUUUAAAAGUCUACCACACCCCUUAAAACACUUUACCUGGAAAAGCUUCUUCUUUUCUUGUUAUUAGCUGAUUUUUGUUGGUUGGUUUAACUUUCAUCCCUUGUUCCGAACAGAAAGUUGAGCAGAUGAGUUGGGGUACACACAGCACUAUCUGUACAAGAAUUAAGGUCUUCGUCUGACUCAAGAAAGAUCUGUUGUUCAACCAAAUUAUUUCAGUUAUUAAUAAAAGCCACUUCCUUGGUUUUAGGUGUUGCAAGAGUCUUAGGAAAGGCAAGAGGAAGAAGGGGAAGGAACUCUUCUAAGAUCAGUUCAGUUUCCCUAUUUUUGUAUUUAAAUAGUGACCAUUUGCUCUGUUGCUUAAUUAACCAGUUGGGACCCGAGGGCAAUUACCUUAGAGCGGAAAGGUUGUGCUACAUGAGACAUGAUUUGCAAAACUGUUAAAUAGCAGCUUUCUACUUCCCAAGCCACCAUAGUGUUUUCCAGCCACCCUUUCCUCAAGGAUCACUUUCCUUAAUCAAGCAAACAGUUCAUUUCCCUUCCUCUGCCAUCUCCUUGAGGUCAAAUUUUAGAUAUUAAAUGCCUUGGAACGAGUAUCUGUCCUCUUGUACAGCAUCAAGUGCACUUUGACAGUUUCCAUAGUGUAAAACUAUAUUGAUUGUUCAUAAUAUUGUAGGAGCUUGAAUUGUCAUGUUCCACUAAACCCAGGGUCAAAACUGUCCUCUCUCGUGGAUUUUGGAACUGUUGGCCUUUCACUAGUGGAAUAUAAGCCAAA